AUGAUCACCGACUUAGAAAUAAUCUUUCCCAAUGGCACUGUGGUGAACAUUACAGAUAUACAAGCCUUGUUUGAUGAAGUGAGGAGGACUGGCAUGCUCGGAAACCUGACAGUGGAUCCUUUCAGCAUUACCUUUAAUGGUACAACUCUUUUUCUACCAACAACCUCUCAGCCCUCUCAGUCUAUGACAUCUGUCGUAACAACAUCUGAUGUUCCUACCACUCCAAGCAUUACCAUUCCUGAAGCCACCACUACCCCAAGUGCCACCACAACACCUGGAGUUACCACUGCAACAUCUGAAGUUACAACCACACCAAAUAACAUCACAACUCCUGGAUUUAAAACUACACUGAGUGUCACUACAACACCUGAGGUCAUCACUACACCAAGUACAACCACAACACCAUUGAUAACCACUACACCUGUGGCUACCCCUACAGCAGGUGCCACCACAACUAUUUUGGUAACCACUACACCUGUGUUUCCCACCACACCAGAUGCCACCACAAGUACUUUGGUCACCACUGUACCUCUGGUCAACACUACAGCAGGUGGCACCACAAAUACUUUGGUCACCACUACACCUGUUGUCACCACUACAGCUGGUGCCACCACAACACCAAUGGUGACAACUACACCUGUGGUUACCAGUACACCAGGUGCCACCACAACUACUUUGUUCACCACCACACCUACAACAAAUUCACAGGCUGAAACAACCAUGGAAUCUACAACAUCACAGGCUGCAACAACCUCAGAAGCUACAACAACAGAACUUACAACUCCACAAGCUUCAAUUGCCACACAGUCUUCUACAACAGAGACAAUGACAACCACAGAACCAAAAACAACUUCACAGCCUACAUCAAUGACAGAGAUAAUGACAACCACAGAACCUACAACAAAUUCACAAGCUUCAACAACCACAGAAGCUAUAACACCUUUACUGGCCAAAACCACAGAAUCUACUACAACUUCACAGGCUCCAGCCACCACAGAACUUACAACAAUUUCACAGGCUACAACAAACACAGAAUCAACUACAAUGUCACAGUCUCCAACAACCUCAGAAGCAACAGCAACUUCACAGGCUGAAACACCGAUAGAAUUUACAAUAACUUCACUGGCUCCAACUACCAUACAAGCUACAACAGCUUCCCAGUCUCCAACAACCACAGAAGCUACAACACCUUCCCAGGCUGAAACAUCUAUAGACUCUUCAAUAACUUCACAGACUACAACAAUGACAGAAUCUUCAACAACUUCACAGGCUGAAACAACCACACAAGCUACAACACCUUCACAGACUUCAAUAACCACUAAUGCUACAACUUUACAGGUUCCAACAAUCACAGAAUCUACAAUAUUGUCACAGUCUCCAACAACCACAGAAGAUACAACAACUUCACAGUCUCCAACAACCACAGAAUCGACAGCAACUUCCCAGGCUGAAACACCCAUAGAAUCUACAAUAAUUUCAAAGACUACAACAAUUAUAGAAUCUACAAUAACUUCACAGGCUGAAACAACCACAGCAUCUACAACAACAUCACAGGCCCCAACAAUUACAGAAGCUACAACAACUUCACAGAAUAAACCAACCACAGAAGAUACAACACCUUCACAGGCUCCAGCAAUAGAAACUACAACUCCACAAGCUUCAACUACCACACAGUUUUCAACACCAACAGAGACAAUUAUAAGUACAGAACUAAAAACAACAGAACUAACAACCUCUACAUCUACAACUUCCCUAGAGCCUCAGCCAAUAUCAGGGCCUCCAAAAGCAAAUAUGACUUUUACACUACCUAAGAUGGAAUUUAGCAGUAAUCUCACUAACAGCAGCUCAGAGGAAUUCCAGAAACUACAGAGUGAAAUAGAACAGGCUAUCAAGAAUAUCCUACAGCAAAAGUUUGGGAAUUUGAAUGUCUCUGUAAUCUCAUUCAGACCUGGAUCAGUGAUCACCGACUUAGAAAUAAUCUUUCCCAAUGGCACUGUGGUGAACAUUACAGAUAUACAAGCCUUGUUUGAUGAAGUGAGGAGGACUGGCAUGCUCGGAAACCUGACAGUGGAUCCUUUCAGCAUUACCUUUAAUGGUACAACUCUAUUUUUUCCACCAACAACUACUCAGCCCUCUCAGUCUAUGACAUCUGUCACAACAACAUCUGAAGUUCCUACCACGCCAAGCAUUACCAUGCCUGAAGCCACCACUACCCCAAGUGCCACCACAACACCUGGAGUUACCACUGCUGCAACAUCUGAAGUUACCCCCACGACAAAUGAAGUCGCUACUACAACAUUUGAAGUUACAACAUUGGUGACAACUACACCUGUGGUCACCACACCAGAUGCCACCACAAGUACUUUUGUCACCACUGUACCUCUGGUCACCACUACAGAAGGUGCCACCACAAAUACUUUGGUCACCACUACACCUGUUGUCACCAGUACAGCAGGUGCCACCACAACACCAUCGGUGACCACUACACCUGUGGUUACCACCACACCAGAUGCCACCACAAGUACUUUGGUCACCACUGUACCUCUGGUCACCACUACAGAAGAUGCCACCACAAAUACUUUGAUCACCACUACACCUGUUGUCACCACUACAGCAGGUGCCACCACAACACCAUUGGUGACCACUACACCUAUGGUCACCACUACACCAGGUGCCACUACAACACCUGUGGUUCCCACAACACCAGAUGACACCGCAAGUACUUUUGUCACCACUGUACCUCUGGUCACCACUACAGAAGGUGCCACCACAAAUACUUUGGUCACCACUACACCUGUUGUCACCAGUACAGCAGGUGCCACCACAACACCAUUGGUGACCACUACACCUGUGGUUACCACCACACCAGAUGCCACCACAAGUACUUUGGUCACCACUACAGCAGAUGCCACCACAAGUACUUUGAUCACCACUACACCUGUUGUCACCACUACAGCAGGUGCCACCACAACACCAUUAGUGACCACUACACCUGUGGUCACCACAACACCAGAUGCCACCACAAGUACCUUUGUCACCACUACAGAAGGUGCCACCACAAAUACUUUGGUCACCACUGCACCUGUUGUGACCACUACAGAAGGUGCCACAACAACACCAUUGGUGACAUCUACACCUGUGGUCACCUCUACACCAGAUGCCACCACAAGUACUUUUGUCACCACUGUACCUCUAGUCACCACUACAGAAGGUGCCACCGCAAAUAUUUUGGUCGCCACUACACCUGUUGUCACCACUACAGCAGGUGCCACCACAACACCAUUGGUGACCACUACACCAGGUGCCACCACAACUACUUUUGUCACCACUACACCUGUUGUCACCACUACAGCAGGUGCCACCACAACACCAUUAGUGACCACUACACCUAUGGUCACCACUACACCAGGUGCCACUACAAUACCUGUGGUUCCCACAACACCAGAUGACACCGCAAGUACUUUUGUCACCACUGUACCUCUGGUCACCACUACAGAAGGUGCCACCACAAAUACUUUGGUCACCACUACACCUGUUGUCACCAGUACAGCAGGUGCCACCACAACACCAUUGGUGACCACUACACCUGUGGUUACCACCACACCAGAUGCCACCACAAGUACUUUGGUCACCACUGUACCUCUGGUCACCACUACAGCAGAUGCCACCACAAGUACUUUGAUCACCACUACACCUGUUGUCACCACUACAGCAGGUGCCACCACAACACCAUUGGUGACCACUACACCUGUGGUCACCACAACACCAGAUGCCACCACAAGUACUUUUGUCACCACUACAGAAGGUGCCACCACAAAUACUUUGGUCACCACUGCACCUGUUGUCACCACUACAGAAGGUGCCACAACAACACCAUUGGUGACAUCUACACCUGUGGUCACCUCUACACCAGAUGCCACCACAAGUACUUUUGUCACCACUGUACCUCUAGUCACCACUACAGAAGGUGCCACCGCAAAUAUUUUGGUCACCACUACACCUGUUGUCACCACUACAGCAGGUGCCACCACAACACCAUUGGUGACCACUACACAAGGUGCCACCACAACUACUUUUGUCACCACUACACCUGUGGUUCCCACCACAACAGAUGCCACCAUAAGUACUUUGGUCACCACUGUACCUCUGGUCACCACUACAGAAGGUGCCACCACAAAUACUUUGGUCACCACUACACCUGUUGUCACCAGUACAGCAGGUGCCACCACAACACCAUUGGUGACCACUACACCUGUGGUUACCACCACACCAGAUGCCACCACAAGUACUUUGGUCACCACUGUACCUCUUGUCACCACUACAGCAGAUGCCACCACAAGUACUUUGAUCACCACUACACCUGUUGUCACCACUACAGCAGGUGCUACCACAACACCAUUGGUGACCACUACACCUGUGGUUACCACCGCACCAGAUGCCACCACAAGUACUUUGGUCACCACUGUACCUCUGGUCACCACUACAGAUGAAGCCACCACAAGUACUUUGAUCACCACUACACCUGUUGUCACCACUACAGCAGGUGCCACCACAACACCAUUGGUGACCACUACACCUGUGGUCACCACAACACCAGAUGCCACCACAAGUACUUUUGUCACCACUACAGAAGGUGUCACCACAAAUACUUUGGUCACCACUGCACCUGUUGUCACCACUACAGAAGGUGCCACAACAACACCAUUGGUGACAUCUACACCUGUGGUCACCUCUACACCAGAUGCCACCACAAGUACUUUUUUCACCACUGUACCUCUAGUCACCACUACAGAAGGUGCCACCGCAAAUAUUUUGGUCACCACUACACCUGUUGUCACCACUACAGCAGGAGCCACCACAACACCAUUGGUGACCACUACACCUGUGGUGACCACUACACCAGGUGCCACCACAACUACUUUUGUCACCACUACACCUGUGGUUCCCACCACAACAGAUGCCACCAUAAGUACUUUGGUCACCACUGUACCUCUGGUCACCACUACAGAAGGUGUCACCACAAAUACUUUGGUCACCACUACACCUGUUGUCACCAGUACAGCAGGUGCCACCACAACACCAUUGGUGACCACUACACCUGUGGUUACCACCACACCAGAUGCCACCACAAGUACUUUGGUCACCACUGUACCUCUUGUCACCACUACAGCAGAUGCCACCACAAGUACUUUGAUCACCACUACACCUGUUGUCACCACUACAGCAGGUGCCACCACAACACCAUUGGUGACCACUACACCUGUAGUCACCACAACACUAGAUGCCACCACAAGUUCUUUUGUCACCACUGUACCUCUGGUCACCACUACAGAAGGUGCCACCACAAAUACUUUGGUCACCACUACACCUGUUGUCACCACUACAGCAGGUGCCACAACAACACCAUUGGUGACCACUACACCUGUGGUCACCACUACUCCAGAUGCCACAACAAGUACUUUUGUCCCCACUGUACCUCUAGUCACCACUACAGAAGGUGCCACUGCAAAUAUUUUGGUCUCCACUACACCUGUUGUCACCACUACAGCAGGUGCCACCACAACACCAUUGGUGAUCACUACACCUGUGGUCACCACUACACCAGGUGCCACCAUAACUACUUUGGUCACCACUACACCUGUGGUUCCCACCACAACAGAUGCCACCAUAAGUACUUUGGUCACCACUGUACCUCUGGUCACCACUACAGCAGGUGCCACCGCAAAUACUUUGGUCACCACUACAUCUGUGGUCACCACUACCCCAGGUGCUACCUCAACAACUAUAGUCACCACACCAACACCUGUGGACACCACUACAAAUAUGGUCACCACUUCACCAAGUGCCACCACAAAAACUUUGGUCAGCACCACACCUGCAGACACCCCUACACCAGGUGCCACCACAGCAGCAGUGGUCACAACACCUUUGGUCAACAUUACACCAAGUGCCACUACAACAUCUGUGGUCACCAUUACACCUUUGGUCACUACUACAAGCACUAUCACACCUUCUGAAGCUACAACUGAAGCCACCACUAUGUCAGAUACCAGGAGUACAACAGGAGGUAGCACCGAGCCUGGAUCAAUCAACAUAUCAGGGACAACGGGUGGUAUUGCAGCAGAUGCCGGUGAAGAAUCGGGCUUACCUGCCUUUGCCAUUGCUUUGAUUGUGAUGACCAGUGUGGCAGUCCUGCUGGUGCCAUUACUCAUUUUCAUGGCCAUCAGACUGGGGUUGUGUUUUCAGGGAGCCGCCGGUGCUAGCAUUCAGGCUACUGCAUAUGAUCUACCCGAGUCUGGUGUGAGGGUCCGAAGUGUUGGGGUGAAAAUGCCAACUUCCAAGAGAGGAUCUUAUCAAGUAAACCACUGAGGUGGCCACAAGAGCAGAGGAAGCAUCCGAAAAGAAAGUAACUUUACUGUUUACAUAUGACCCAUGGGACACUUAAAAUGAGGACUUAUUCCUGAUGAGGUUUACAAAGCGAACACAAGGACUGCUAAUAAUGCCGUGAUUAAGGACUUUCAGGUGUAUUUAUAUAAGAAACGUGCACUGAAGACCUUCCCAAUGUGAACAGGGACUCUGAAAGGGCAAAUGAAUUCUGUAUAGAAGGACAAGUGCUGCUUAUUGAUGCAGCAUCUCUAUGUGUCAGAGAGAUGGUAAUAACUGUGUAUGAUGUUUACAGUGAGUAAGUAAUCACGCCCGUGCCUUCUUACUCCAUGUGCUGCCACCACCUGCAGUUCCCAAUGGGACUAUUAAUAUGGAAAUGUUCUAAUUUAUUUUUUAUGAUAUGACUAUAUUUUUUAUGAUUCAGUUAAUGCAGAUUUGUACAAAUGGAGAAUGCUGUUUAGAUGCUAAAAGAGAGGUUUACAGUAAAUGAUCUUAUUUAUG